AUGCUUACCGUUCGCUUCCGUGCACUACCACCCGAGUUUGGAAAAGCCUACCAGCAAGCGCUCGUAGAUCACUUCUUCCUCGAUACUGAAGAUCGCAUCCGAACCGUGCUUCAGCCACCACCCGAGCCAACCAAGCCAUACACAUUCGCCACAUCAUUCUACACCAACCCAAAUGCGCCCGAUCCGAACGCCGUAGGCAAAGAUGGCAAGAAAAAGCCGCGAACUCGCGCCCCAGAUCGCAUAUUGAAAACUCAGAUGAAGAUUUUCAAGGAACAGUGGACGGGAAUGGGUCUGUCGCUUGAUCUUGGGCUUGUGCGGUCUGACAUGGAGCUCGCGGGGGCGGUGUGGCGGAAUAUCCUUGGUGGGCGCGGUGCCCAGGGGAUCGCUUACGAGCAACCUUCCACUUCCAAGCCCACGUUUAGGCGUGCGGUGAACCUUGUAGGUGGGGAGGUCGUGAACGUUGCGAAAAUUGACUUGGAGAAAGAGGAGACAAAAGACGAUGGAUCGGGCGUACAUGAUUUCACACCGGCCGAGAUGGAUAAGUACCUUACCUACCCGCAGGUCAUGCUCGAUGUUGUGGGCUAUAUCCGGCGGGAACUUUCCAGGCUUGACGCAGUAACCGAUGAAGAUAUUAUCAAGGGAGACUGGACAAAGCUGACAUUUGGAAGGGUGAAAGAGGUGAAGGAGUGA